UAYCAUAGGUUUUAUASCAGGAGUUGUAAAUUCAMGAGUGUUUUUACCCGGUUAAAGSCKUUUAAGCAAAAAGAAAGAAAAAAUCUACUUGUUUAAUACCUAAACUUCAACUGCUGUUUAUAUUUUUAGUGCAAAAUGUGUGGUAUAUUUGCUUAUUUGAAUUUCUGCGUGCCGAGAAAGAGAAAAUACAUUUURGAAACUUUGAUCAAGGGACUCAAAAGAUUGGAAUAUCGUGGAUACGAUUCUGCAGGAGUUGCAUAUGAUUCAAACGAUAAUAGUUUAAGGAUUGUCAAGAAAAGGGGCAAGGUUGCAGCUUUAUCUAAACUGAUUGAAGAUCAGGAAGAGUUCAAGUGUAAUGAUGAAGUCAACAUACAUGUUGGCAUUGCUCACACUAGAUGGGCUACUCACGGUGAACCAAAUGAACUUAACAGCCAUCCACAGAGAUCAGGACCUGAGAAURACUUUGUUGUAGUCCACAAUGGAAUUAUCACAAAUUACAAAGAUAUCAAAGUGUUUUUGGAAGGCAAAGGCUUCAAAUUUGAAUCUGAGACAGACACUGAAGUUAUACCUAAGUUAGCAAAAUACUUAUACAACAAAUCUAAAGCAGAAGGCAAGGAGUUUUCAUUUAGACAGUUGGUUGACAUGGUGGUUUCUCAACUGGAAGGGGCAUUUGCUUUAGCGUUCAAGAGUACUUACUUUCCAGGACAAAUAGUUGCCACAAGACGUGGUAGCCCACUGCUUAUUGGAAUUUCUAGCAAUAAGCCUCUGAAAGCAGAUAAACUUCCAGUUCACUACAGUGAAGGGCAUAGUUUAGAUGAUUCUCUAGCUCCGGACAGCGCUGAAGUCAUCAAGAAGGACGAGGAUGAUGUCUUUAGUGACAAGUUAACUAUCUUACAUGAAGAAGGGGCUUCGAUUGAAUACUACUUUGCGUCUGAUGCAAGUGCUGUUAUUGAAUACACAAACAGRGUGAUAUUCCUGGAAGAUGAUGACGUCGCCGCAGUGGUUGAUGGAAAUUUGACAAUUCAUCGUCUUAAGCGUGAUGACGACACGGAUGAUGACUAUUAUCGCUCGGUACAAACACUACACUUGGAAUUACAACAGAUUAUGAAAGGCAACUUUCAGUCUUAUAUGCAGAAAGAAAUAUUUGAACAACCUGAGAGUGUUGUGAACACAAUGAGAGGACGUGUCAAGUUUGAGGAAAACAGCGUGCUUCUCGGUGGUUUACGUAGUCACAUGAGUACCAUAAGAAGAUGUCGUCGUAUCAUGAUGAUCGCUUGCGGAACAAGCUUUCAUAGUGCUGUUGCUACAMGGCARCUUCUCGAAGAACUUACAGAACUACCAGUUGUGGUAGAAUUGGCCAGCGACUUCCUGGACAGAAGAACACCAGUCUUUAGGGAUGAUGUUUGUUUCUUCAUCAGUCAGUCAGGAGAGACAGCAGACACCCUGAUGGCUCUAAGAUACUGCAAAACACGUGGAGCAUUGAUUGUYGGAAUUACAAAUACAGUUGGCAGUUCCAUAUCAAGAGAAAGUGUUUGUGGAGUUCACAUCAACGCGGGACCAGAAAUCGGCGUCGCCAGUACAAAAGCAUACACAAGUCAAUUUCUAGUUCUCAUCAUGUUUGGGUUGAUGAUGGCUGAAGACAGAAUCUCAAUGCAAGCUAGAAGGAGAGAAAUUAUUGCUGGAAUGAARCGACUACCAGAGUUGAUCAAGGAAGUCCUUAAGUUAGAUGGAGAGAUCAAAUCGCUUGCAGAGGAACUACACAAACACAAGAGUUUGUUGGUCAUGGGAAGAGGAUUCCAGUUUGCAACAUGUUUGGARGGUGCUUUGGUAAGACUGCUACAUGGGCUACCUGUGUUAGGCUUAACCACAGGAAACCCAGUAACAUCUUAAUUUGAAUAAAUCAUGAUAUCUAAUAGUCCAGUCCUGGCCUCCUUUCGA